GUGUCUCUCCGUGUUCCUCCAGGUGGUGACUCUGGUGGAGAGCUUGGAGAUGAAGUCCCUGUGCAGGAUCCUUGAGGUGGCUCCUGUGUUCCUACUCCUGCUCCUUCGCUCCUUGGCCUCUCCAGCCUCUGGUGACCAGUUCAGCCUGGGCCACUCCAGUAGCCACCACUGUGUAGGGUGUGUGAUGGUGAUGUCUGUGAUCACACAGCUAACUCAAGUUCACAACUCUACAGUGGAGGCCUCUAUGGAGAGACUGUGCAGCUACUUGCCUGGAAAACUCCUGUUGAAAACCACCUGCUAUUUAUUGGUUCACAUAUUUGGAUCAGACAUCAUAAAGCUGCUUGACGCAGACAUGAACGCUGAUAUGGUGUGUCACGCUCUGGAGUUCUGUAAGCAGGACGCUGGCCAACCGCAGUGCCAUCUCUACCCACUUCCCAAGGAGAUAUGGAAUUUGAGACAAAAGAAGUCAAGACACAUUGUCAAGAAGUCCGUGACCAUGAAAUAUCUCAAAGGUGAUUCUGAUAUUUGCUCACUCCCAUUUUUGGCCAAGAUUUGUAAGAAAAUUAAAUUCUCUAUACAAACUUCUAUGCCAUUCAAAGACGUCGAUUCAGACAAAUACAGUGUUUUCCCGACACUGCGGGGCUACCACUGGCGAGGGAGAGACUGUAACGACAGUGACAAGAACGUGUACCCAGGCAGAAGGCCAGACAACUGGGAUGCCCAUCAGGACUCCAACUGCAAUGGCAUCUGGGGCAUUGAUCCCAAAGAUGGAAUUCCUUACGAGAAGAAAUUCUGUGAAGGUUCACAGCCCAGGGGAAUCAUUUUACUGGGCGACUCAGCUGGGGCUCAUUUUCACAUCCCUCCCGAAUGGCUCAUAGCUUCACAGAUGUCUGUGAAUUCUUUCUCCAAUUUGCCAACAGCUCUUACUGAUGAGUUUGACUGGCCCCAGCUCUCCGGUGCUACAGGAUUUCUGGACUCCACCAGUGGGUUUGAAGAAAAAUCUAUUUACCUUCAUUUACGGAAAAGAAACCGCUGUAACCACAGAGAUUACCAGAACAUUUCAAGAAAUGGUGGAUCCUCCCAAAACCUAAAGAAGUUUAUAGAAAGCUUGUCUAGGAACCAGCAGUUGGACCAUCCGGCCAUCGUCAUAUAUGCCAUGAUUGGAAAUGAUGUCUGCAAUGGGAGGGCUGACCCGGUCCCGGAAAUGACCACUCCAGAGCAACUCUACUCCAAUGUUAUGCAGACCUUGAAGCACCUCGAUUCCCACCUGCCUGAGGGCAGCCACGUGGUUUUACAUGGCUUGCCGAAUGGAACCUUUCUCUGGGAGAAUUUGCAUGACAGAUAUCAUCCUCUGGGCCAGCUAAACAAAGAUGUGACCUAUGCACAGGUGUUCUCCUUCCUGAGCUGCCUGAAGAUCAACCCCUGCCACGGCUGGAUGUCCUCCAACAAGACACUCCGGACUCUCACCUCUGAGAGAGCACAACAACUCUCCGAUACACUGAAAAAAAUUGCAGCCAGCGAGAAGUUUACAAACUUCGAUCUUUUCUACAUGGAUUUUGCCUUUGAAGAAAUCAUAGAAGAGUGGUGGAGACGAGGUGGGCAGCCCUGGCAGCUCAUUGAGCCUGUGGAUGGAUUCCACCCCAACGAGGUGGCUUCAUUGCUGUUAGCAGACCUUUUCUGGAAGAAGGUGCAGCUCCAAUGGCCCCAGGUCCUGGGAAAGGAGAAUCCAUUCAAUUCCCAGAUUGAGCAAGUGUUUGGAGACCAAGGGGGGCACUGAGUAGCUCUCCUGGGCAGCAUAAACCUGGACAAAUGCACUCCACGGCCCACCCUGGAGGCUGCCAUCAGGGUCCAUGGGAUCCUUUCCUAGAAUUUUUGCAAAGCACCCCACUUUUGAUUCAGAGCACAGCAGAAUGGCAAUGUGAUGCUUUAUGCUUCCGGCCAGCUGCACCUGAAAUAACCUUUAAUAGGGGACUUUGAGGACCUUCCAGUCAAGGGCAUAUCUGUGCCCUUAGACAGUUAUUUGUUGCUAAAGGAGCUUCUAAAAACACAGAUGCCACAGAGACAGACAGACAGACAGACACAUACACUCUGGUGAGGGAGGCUUCAGCAUGGCUAGGCAAGCUGGGACACUGCAUAGGAGGACUGCCAAGGACCCUCACAAGCAGGGACAGCCCAGGUUCCACGCAUCCACUUUCAAAAAAGAAUACAAAACCAUAAAUAAAAAAAUUAGGUACAAACUUGAGUAGUUAUUUACAAGGAGAAAAGAAGCAUAACCAAUUACAAACCUUUAAAAGUCAUCAAGUACAUAAGCCUGCAAAGUCCAUAGAAAUGAACAUUUUUUUCUUUAAAAGUUUUUCUUGCAUUCUUUACCUGCAUAAUCUGAUUGCUUCUUCCUUACA